UGCAGUAUCCUCGCUGCCUACAGAUGAUGAUGGAGUCGGGAGAAGCGGCCUCGCCAUGAAUCCCAUCCGGGGGAGGAAUUAAAGCGCACAGACGGAGAGUGAGACACGGAGGGGAAAAACCACUUACGGAUGGGGACCGGUCACCUUUCACAUCUGGCGGGCGAAGAGAUGCUCCGCGGCGGCGAGACGCGAGGGAGCGGCGGACUGUGGCGCUCCGCUCCGGCUGUUCCUCGGCACUUUGGCAGGGGCACUGUGAAGGCGAUUUAGGGAACACAUCCACGGGGUAAACACCACCAGAAGGAUCCGUUUUCAACACCGUCGUGGAUGUGAUGAUGAAGACAUGUCUUUUAACAGGGUGGAGCUGCGGUUUCUUUAAUAAAUUAUGAGGAAUUCCGCUCAGCCUAAUUUGAUGUUUAUGUCUGACUGAUACUCGCCCCACAGCGCCUUGUUUUCGCGUGUGAACAAUGACACAGGUGAUGUUAUGUCACCGGACCGAGCGAGGGGGAUGAUGAUGAUGGCUGCUGGCUGGUGCGGGACGACCCAGAUCAUUCGCGUAAAGCUCCCUGACAGCGGCUCUCCAUGGAGGCUGUUUAUGCAAUCCGACGCAGUGUUGCAAGUGGGCUGAUUUCACUCCAGCACUGUCUCCAUGUGAUAGCUUAUGAUCCCCACAAACUGCCAGGCCUCUUGUGUUUCUGUGAAAUAUGCUCGGGCCUUGCGUAAAAAAACACCAUAAAGUGAAACACUGCAUGGAGGGGGGUGAGGAGACUCUGAGUAAAAAGGGGGGAUUUUCUGGAAUUUAAAAGCGGGAAAAAAAGCCACCAGAAUGUCGAAAGUUGUCAGUAACAAGGAGAAGAAAUCCUUCAGUAAAAAACUCUUCCGGAGAAGCUCGGUCCGCUCCGUCGGGAGUUUUAUGAACAGAGUUCUCCGGACUCUGUCCACUUUGUCUCAUUUCAGCACCGACGAGCAGGCCGCCGAGGAUGAGAAGGACGAUGCCGGCUCGAUCCUCACCACCACCGGGGGGUCUCUGCCGUCCGACGACAGCGACUGCGGGGGGUUUCCCUUCGGGGACAAGGUGCCAGGUGUAGCCGGGCUCAAGAACCACGGGAACACCUGCUUCAUGAACGCUAUCCUGCAGUGCCUGAGCAACACGGAGCUGUUCGCAGAGUACCUGGCUCUGGAGCAGUUCAAAGGCGGGGAGUCCACCAGCAGCAGCAGCGAGAAGGCCAAGUCUAACGGGGUGCUGGUGGUGCAGAAGAAGGGCAGCCAGCAGCAGCAGCAGGACGCAGGGGAGGUGACGGAGCAGCUGUCCGGCCUGGUGCGGGCUCUCUGGACCUUUGAGUACACACCUCAGCACAGCAGGGACUUCAAGAAUGUGGUGUCUAAGAGCGCCCUGCAGUUCAAGGGUAACUCCCAGCACGACGCCCAGGAGUUCCUCCUCUGGCUGCUGGAUCGAGUCCACGAAGACCUCAACCAUAUCAUCCACCCUGAAAUCGUGCCCCCCACGAAGCCUCCAGUAGAAGAGGAAAAUGCCCCUGAAGGAUCUCCACUACCAGCACCUGGCUCUUUUGUACAGGAGUUGUUUCAGGCACAAUACAGGUCCUCGCUGACCUGCCCUCACUGCCAGAAACAGAGCAACACCUUUGAUCCUUUCCUCUGCAUCUCACUGCCAAUCCCGGUACCUCACACACGGCCUCUCUAUGUGACAGUGGUGUACCAGGGAAAGUGCUCCCACUGCAUGAGAGUGGGGGUGGCGGUGCCUCUUUCCGGCACCGUGUCCAGGCUGAGACAAGCUGUGGCUCAAGAGACCAAAAUCCCUACCCAACAGAUCGUCCUCACCGAAAUGUACUUUGACGGUUUCCACCGCUCCUUCUGUGACGACGACGACGACCUUGAGGUCAUUCAGGAGAGCGACUCCAUAUUUGCCUUCGAGACGCCUGAGCUAUUCAGACCGGAGCAGAUCCGCUCCAAGCGCGGCGGGAGCCCACAUGCAAAUCUCAACCAGAACAACCUGAAGUACGGCACAGAUAACAAUCGGAUAUCCACACAGAUACAAGAGCCGACCACCCCGCCUCAGAGUCCGAAUAAGAACAGCGGACAGGCGGAGAAGAUCGUGCUGCUGGUGUGUAACCGAGCCUGCGCUGGACAGCAGGGACGCAGAUUUGGUAAUCCAUUCAUUCUGUAUUUGGAGCGAACGGUGACAUGGGAUGUUCUUCAGAAAGAGAUCUUGGAGAAGAUGCGGCAUCUUUUGCGCCCUGGCGUCUUGGUGCAGGUCGGGCCCUUCACUCUGCGUGUGGUGGGAGUGGUGGGGAUCACAUACCUCUUGCCUCAGGAGGAGCAGCCGCUCUGCCACCCCUCAGUUGAGAGGGCAUUUAAGUCCUGCGGUCCUGGAGGGCCCCCUCAUGUCAAAAUUGUCGUGGAAUGGGACAAGGAGACGAAAGACUACCUGUUCAAAAGAACUGAGGAUGAAUACAUCCCAGACGCUGAGAGUGUGCGUCAGUCAAAGGAGCAGCACCUGCAGCCGCAGACCUGCUCACUGGCCCAGUGCUUUCAACUCUACACCAAAGAGGAGCAGCUGGCUCCUGAUGAUGCGUGGCGCUGUCCGCACUGUAAGCAGCUCCAGCAGGGCAGCAUCAAGCUCAGUCUGUGGACGCUGCCCGACAUCCUCAUCCUGCACCUCAAACGCUUCAGACAGGAUGGGGAUCGGCGGAUGAAGAUGCAGAACAUGGUGAAGUUCCCGCUCACGGGCAUGGACAUGGCGCCUCACAUGGUGAAGAGGAGUCAGAGCAGCUGGAGUCUCCCCUCCCACUGGUCACCGUGGAGACGGCCUUAUGGGAUGGGCCGUGACCCGGAGGACUACCUGUACGACCUGUACGCAGUGUGUAACCAUCAUGGGACCAUGCAGGGAGGACACUACACAGCUCACUGUAAGAACUCCAUAGAUGGACAGUGGUACUGCUUUGACGACAGCGACGUUCAGCCCAUAUCUGAAGAUGAUGUUUGCAAGCAGACUGGGUACAUCUUGUUUUAUCAGAGACGUGCCACCAUUCCCUCUUGGUCUGCCAACAGUUCUGUGGGAGGAUCCACCAGCUCCUCUCUGUGUGAGCACUGGAUCAGCCGUCUGAUGGGCAGCCGCCCCCCCAGCCAGGCCUCCUCCGGGUCCUCCAGGCGCACCUCGCUGGCCUCCCUCUCCGAGUCAGCCGAGUUCGCUGGUGAACGGAGCGAAGAUGAUGGCUUAUCGAGCCGGCCGGCAGUAAGAGGCAUGCAAAGACAAACUUUCUCCUCAAGAUCUUCCAUUGCCAGCCCACUGGUGCUAAGUGAAAAUUGCACUAAACCGUCCUGGUCCCACUCCGCUAAGCUCCAACUCCGCUCCAACUCUCCGUCGCGCUUCUCCCUGGAGUCCCACUCCUCCUCCCCGACUCUGGAGAGGAUCGGAGAGGUGGCUGACACCGCCUCCUACUUCACGGGGUCCCCUAAACCUGACCGAGCCUCUGGGGGCAAGUCGGCCCUCGCUGCUGUGGAUGGUAACGCAGGCAGUAAGAGGCUGAUAGAGCAGGUCCACUCCAAGGCUGUGGCGCAGGCGGAGCAGAGGAGCUCCACCCAGGCUGGGGAGAACAACAACGUGGCCACUGCCUCCGAACAGAUCAGUCCUCGACACGGGGCCGCUGCAAAGGAUGCGAAACCCAGAAGUGGGGCUGCAGAUAGCGCUGGUGUUAAAAGGACUUCAGCCAGUCCUAAAAAGCGUCCUGCCACCUCCUCAACGUCCUCCAGCUCUCUGUCCCCCGCCUCCCCCGCUGUUGACAAGCUGCCGUCUCGAACGCAGACCAAGAGUGCGGCUUCAGCAGCAACACCGAAGGACAAAAGCGACGGGCCGCCUAAAACUAGCAAGGCCGGUUCCUCGAGAACAGCGACCCCCUCCAAGAAGGGGUCAUCCACAACCCCGGAGGUUUUACAUCCCGACUCUGCCCAACAGAGGAAGAGUGGUUCUCCGGGAACACAAAGCUCACACCCUCAGAGGAGGACAUCGCCCAGAGGGGAGAAAAGCUCAGCCUCAGGACGGACUAAAGCAGCAGAGAGGAGCGCUAGCCGCGAAUCCUCACGGACUAACGCAGAAAAGAAGGUCAACCACGGGGGGCCUCCCUCCAGGUCGAGCGCUGCUAACAGAGCGGAGGCUAGGCCGGGCCGGGCGGUGGAGAACCGGGCGGCGGGGCGUAGCUCCAGCAGCAGCUCCUCCAUGGCCAGUCUCCGCUCCUCGAGUGUGGGUGUGACCUCCACUGGCCCGCCAUCAAGAGGGCCUCAAAGGAACAGCAAGACCGAGGACAAAGGCUUGUCCUUCUUCAAAACUGCCCUGAGGCCCAAAGAGACCCGUAAGUCAGCAGAUGGUGGGAAAGCAGGGGUGGGUGAUGCUAAAGCGAGUCCAGAGGAUGGGGGUGGGGACGCAGCUCGGGAGGGAAUCCCACACGGGGCAAGCAAGAAAGCCCAGAACGGGGCUUCAGAGACCCCCAAUAAUGUGACCACAGCCAAAGACAAGGAGUCCUCCAAGGCUGCAGCUAAGCAUUCACUGCUGCCCUCCACCAAGUCCAAGCUCUCCGGAGCAGAAACAACCACCCAGUCCUCAACCAAUGCAAAAGACCCGACAAAGAAAGAGCCGGUUAAAAAGGCAAUGCAGUCCAGGAAGAUCCCAAUCAGUUCACAACAGAAGGCCAAGUGACGAUAGUUUAAAGGCCUGAUAACAAUCUCUCUCGUGCAGCUCUGAGGUGUUUUAACCAUCAACGUCUGACAAACAUCUUUAAAGCACCUGUAGCUUUUCAGUGGUUACUGAAUACCAGCUGCCAUACCGGACACAUUGUUAAAUAGUUAUUUAGGAAUGGAUUUGAACAAAGCACUUUGUAUGGAUUGCAUUGAUUUUGAGGAAUAUAUACUGUAUUGUAAAUAAGCAUGGACUGCACAUGUAUUGAAAUGAUUGCCUUGUUCUGUCUGUAGCAUAGUCAGGAGAAGUGCAUCUCGGUAGGGGGUGGGAAAUAAAAGUGACUUUGCACAAGAAAGCGCAUAUAAUGGUGGAAGGAAAAUGUUGAGCAAACACGGACAACUCAGUCACCAAAGGAAGUUUACUGGCAAUUUUUAACAUGCUGAUUCAGAGAAAUAUUUCCAAAAAUCUUUAUGUACAGCUCUCUCCCUCAGUAUUGAGAGCCACAUGUCGACAAACAUCAGUGCCUCAGAUAAUCAACGUAUUUAAUCUGAAAUGUAUAACUGCAGGUGUUGGUAAAUUUAUAAUUCAAUUUUAAUAUUUAUUAAUCACUGAAAAUGUAAUUUCAAGUCGAACACAAUUUAGCCUAUUUAACCUGAACCGCUGUUUACAUAUGCUCCUUGAUGUAGUUAUUGUGCAACAGCCUUUAAGAAGUAUUUUUGCAGGAAGGAGA